GUGAGCUGGAGAUAAAGGGGGAGGCGCUUAGACACACCUCCCUUUUGACCACGCCCCUUGUGCUGCUGAGGAGACUGAGUGAGUGAGCGGGAGGAGGGAUAGCAUCACCCGGACGCGUGGGAAGCUUGAAAGUUUCUCUCUCUCUCUCUCUCUCUCUCUCUCUCUCUCUCUCUCUCUCUCUGUAUGUGUGUGUGUGUGUCUGUGUGUGUGUGGGUGUGAACCUUUGGAAGCCUUUGUGAUAUCUCUAAACACCCUCAGAUGCAGUGACUCAUCCCAUAAUACCACACAAAGUUGACUCCAGUGGCUGACUGGACAUCUCCGGAACCCUACUAGACUGGUGGUGAUCUCAGUGAAAGGGAUGCUGCAAGAGGGGAUGUGGUGUGGGUGUGUGUGUGGGUGUGGGUGUGUGUAGGGAGCGCUGGGGGUCGUACUGGUUCUGGGACCACCUUUAGGUUGUACAAAUGCUGAGCUCAGCUGAAUCGUGUGAGACGUGACUGUGCAACACGAGGCCACCCUUAAUUGGCGGUGUUAGCUCAUCAGCAUGUCAUAGCCUCACGGUGUCGAGGGGGCGUGGCCUGCUUCAUUCAUUUAUAUUGCAGCGUUAUGAAGCACAUGUGUAGAUCAUCGUCCGUCAUGGCUUGCUCCACUCUUUCCUGCUCUGUGGCGCUCGUGCUGGGCUUCUGGUGGUGCGUGCAGGGGACAUGCCUUGAUGAUGAUGUGUGCAACAGAACAGAGACCAGACCAAUGUGUGGACCCGUGACAUUUGACAUCAAUCGGUACACUUGCUGCGCAGGAAACAUAACUAUGGGUCCCCAUCUGGCCUGCUGCGGGCUCACCGCCUUCAACAACAAGGAGAAGACCUGCUGCAACAAUAUCAUUACAGAUGGUUUGAGUCAGAUGGGGUCUGACUGCUGUGGAUCCGAGGCUUACAACUUUGUUAAUCAGAUCUGCUGUGGAGGACAAAUCAAGAACAGAAUCACAGCUGAAACACUGUGCUGUGGCUCAGAGUUGUACGAGCCAAAAGAUCAGCUCUGUUGUGGAAAGGAUCGCAAACUUGUGAAUAAAACAUCGGAACAUGACAGAUGCUGUGGAACCAAUAAAUUUAACAAUCAGAAGCAGUGCUGCUCAGAUAACCUCGAAGUGGAGGCUCUCAGCAGCCGACAUUGUGAAAGUAAUUUAAAGACAGAAGAAAACACCACAGCACAGCACAAAAUGAGCCAGUCAACAUCAUCAAUGUUAUUGACCGCAGCCCCCUUGAAGAAGAGGCAAGAAGAAAAGAAGGCGACCAAUCAAGACUCCGCUUCUCCAGACAAAUGCAAAAGGAACCCCAAACAUCACUCUGACCAUGUUACUCAAUGCUGUGGAUCAGAGGUGCAGGAUCUCUCAAAUGCGGCUGAGUUGUGUUGUGAAGGACGGCUGUAUCGCAACCAGUUGGAAGCAUCCUCAUGUGUUGGGAAAAUCGCCUUCUCUCCCAAGAAAGACACCGUCUGUCAGCAAGAAGUUCAUCAGCCAGCAGGCCAGCAGUGCUGCGGAGAGAAGACGUUGGACCCCAAAACAGAAAUCUGUUGCAAUGGACACAGACACAAAACGGCUGGACAUGAAGACAUGGUCUGCUGUGGCUCUUGCGCUUAUUCCGCUAGUAGCGGUACUCACAAGUGCUGCUCUGGUCACCUCCAUGACCUGACAGGCCUGAACAAAGAGGAGGUCGGAUGCUGCGGCACUCUACUGCUGACCAAUAAGAAGAAGCAGCACUGCUGCCACUCAGUAGAUGAAACUCUGAUCUACGAUGCCAAGCCCGGACAUUCCUGCUGUGGGCACCUGUAUUACAGCCAUUCCCUGUGGAGCUGCUGCGCCGGACGACUGAUUCCCGAGCCAACUAACCCAUUGAAAGGAGAAGCACAAGCUGUGAGUCACGAGUUAUGGCUGAUGGACUUCACCAAGGAUACUGUUUGCAAUAAGUCAGUGCUGUUGGGAACCGUGGAGAGUGUCGCCAUCAAGCAGAGCGAGCGCUUUGUCUUGCUGCAGGACGUGCUGAAUGUCAGCUUCUCCACCAGUGGCAUCAAUGUCUUUGCUAAAGCUCCGGAAACUGUGCAAAUGAACCACUGCAAAUUCCCUGCACUCAAGACUGGUAAGACCUACCUGUGGAAGAAAAAAGACGACGGCGAGCAGUGUGAGCCCAUGGCCGAUGUCAGCAGCCUGACUUCUCCCAUCCAUACCAUCCUAAGCCUGUGCCAGAGUGCCGGCUCACACAACGCUACCUAAAAGCCAAACCGCAGCCAGUUCAUCCCAACAGCCUGUUUUCCACUGUAGAUCAUGAAGGGUGAUGAUAUCUGGGCAAAAUUUGGCAUAAGGUCACGUCUUCUCAGCACGGUUUGAAAACCUAAGACUGCUCACUUUAGAUGAAACAACUUAAAAAGACACUUCCAUUGAAUUGAUUUUUAAUUUUCUGCAUAAUGAAAUUACCGUCGUUCAGAGUGGUUUGGAGUGUUCUACCCUGUUAUAAGUAUAUGUUCAGUUGAAACUGUGAAGGAACCUCUUCUUAAGUUGUUUUGGGGAACCUUUAAGACAACGAAUUUAAAAGAAAAUGUUUCUUGAAGCACCUUAAGAGCUUCCCCCACCAGCUUCAAAUGAAAGAAAUUGAAGAACCCCUAAAAGAUUCUUAAUGAACUGAAGACUGUCCACUGUUUUUUAUUCCUAGUCCCAGAGAAGCACUGUUCUGCAUAUUUCAGUGGUUUCCUGAUCUUCAUAGCCACCAUCAACUCAGGAAAAGCUUCUUAAUAAGCUAAUUAGCUGGAUUAGGUGUGUUGGAAGCAGAGUAAACUCUAGAAUGUGCAGGGCAGGACAUGAGGUUCUCUAUAGGUGAUUGGCGCCACUGUUUUAGUGGAACUUCUUCGUCUAAAAUGUCUAUAGACGUGGUGAUAGUAACGUGAUGGUUAAAGGUUCUUAAGGCCAGCUAAUACAGUAUAAUGUUGUUGCACUUGAUUGUUGCCAGUAUGUUGUCUGAGACGCUGUUUAAAGCCAGUAAACAGAUGGAAUUUUGGAAGGGUUCAUACAGGUGUUGUAAGGCAAAAUAGUGCCCUUUUUUUCUCAAAUGUAAUGUUACCAAUUUGAAUUAUAUUGCACUGCAUGUACAAACUCAAAAGACUUGUUAUAGCAGUAGGUAAGAUGAUCUUGAAGUGUUGGAAGCGCUCACACCUGUAUAGGUUGUGAGGUGUUAUCUUGUGAGUGAGAUUCAGUAAUGGUGAAUUAUGGGAGUUAGUUAUGGGGUAGUAAUGUCUGUAAGUGGGUGCAGAUAGAUGGGAUAUUACGUUUCUGAAGUUACAAGGGUAUUUAACGUUCCUUGAUAUAAAGUGUCAGGUGUGCCGUGGGAAGGCUAAUAUUGCCACCCACAGUGUAGUGGUAGUGUGGUAAUUAUCGUGACUGGCAGCUUCUGGCUGGAAUUGUCCACUGCGAAACAGAUGAGCGACAAGCUUCCAGCAGACAUGGCAAAAUAACAAUAGUUCCAAACCACUCUGGGUGACUGUUUACACCUGAAUGACUGGAUUAUGCAGAAAUUUAGAAUAUCUGUAAGUUUGCCAUAUAAAGCAAAAUAUGUGUAACAAUGGGGCAACAGUUAUUCAGAUCGUUCCGUAAUAUUGUAUUCAUGUAAAACGUAAAAUGAAUAGCCCUUUCGCAAGUAUUAAGCUUCUCACUGGUGGGAAGUGCUUUGGCUGGUCCCUGGAUAGCACAGACCUACCAGUGGGGGGAUUUAAAUACUUGUGAUGCUCUCCCAAAACACAGCGACACUUGUGAUCUGUGUAAAAUGGCAUACAUUUGUUACAGCAGUGUUACCAGAAGCUUUUAAAAACAUUAAAACAACAUUUAAACACUUUAAAUAAAACUGAUCUAAGAACAUCCAGAAAACGUGAUAGAUUUAAAACAUCCUAAGAUCAUUAACUGCAGUAUACUGAUUAUUUACCCUUAACCAGCUUAACCAGCUUAACCAGCUCGACCAAUCUAAGCUGGACAUGAUUUUAUUUUUUUCAACAAGACCACCAUGGAGCAGUUUCUCAGGCAGGGAUUAAGCUUAUUUUUAGACUAGACUGCAUUUUAAAUAGAGAUUUUUAUCUAAAAGGCAAGUAUAGAGUUCGGGUCACAUUCAAGACUUCCAUAUAAGAUGCUAUAAGAACUCAUUCUUUACAGUUAACCAGAACAGGUCGAUCCCUCAUCCAGUGGUCAAUAGUUUUUGUACUCCCUCUACAUUAUAUAUCGCCCGGGUCUUCAAAUCCGAACACUGAAUCCAGUCUCCAGCUGUACACUGUUAAAAGUAAAUAAUUAGUUCUUCGAGGAACGUUAGGUGUUUAAACUGUGGAGAACCCCAAUUUCUGGGGAAACGUUUCUUAAACCUUCCUCAAAGCACCUUAAGGGGUUCCUCCAGAGUUUUCAUACCUAAAUGUCCUCAAGGAACCUGUUUAUUUAAUUCCUUGAGGAACUGCUAGGGGUUCUUAUGUUUGAACAUCUUUGUGUGCUUUGAGGAACUUUUUUUUUUUUUUGAAAAAAUUAUCCUUUAUCAAAUCACAUGAAGGGGUUCCUUCACAAUUUCAAAUAAAAGAAUUCCUAGCUCCUAAAAAGUACUUUUAACUUUGUAGAUUUAGUCCUACUGGAGGUUAAAUUGAACAGUUAAUGAACAGUUAUUUUUGUCUAAUCUGUAAACAGUAACUUACCAAGAGUGUGAUCUUCAAUAAAAUAAUAAUAAUAAUAAUUGUGUACCAAAAUAAAUAUUGUUACAUUUAAUUUAGCAAAAAAUAUAUAACAAAAUAUUAAAGUGCACAAUAUUUUACUGCAGGCAUAUCAACUGCAGACUGCUUCGCAAAAAAGAAUGGACUGCUUUCAAGACAAAAUAUCAUGAUUCUUUUGCUACAGACUUUACACAAGUGUGCACCAAUGUGGAAUGACGUGAUUUUGACGGGAUAGUAAAUCAGUCAUACAGUGGAAAAUAAGCUAUGUUGUGUAUUUUUUAAUCAUUUUUAAUAUAUGCAUGCUAGAAAUAAAGUCUUUUAUAGCUACAGUUUUUAUUAUAAGCUUUAAAACUACCAGACUGUUCACUAAAAACAUAUAUUCAUAAUAAAAUAAUAAAAAUAAUAAAAAAAAAACUUAAUGUGAAUGUAUUAUGCAAGAGAUAAUUUUAACGUGAGCUACUAGUGCUAGUCGAGAUUGCACUCAGAAAUUACAGGACUUAAGCAGAAAGCUAAAAGGUGCUAUAAAGGUUUACUUUCUAGAGACUUCAAUGCUUUAGAAGAAGCACAUUCACUUCCCUGAACUAAACGAAAAUAUGUUCACAUUACAAGUUUCAUUAAUCAGUUCUGAUUUUUGGUUCAGAUUGGAUUUGUCUAUUUUGACGACGUAAACACUUAUGCGCAUCAGCACUACAGAGCACUACGAUAUAAAUUAUGUAAUUAUGGAGACCAAUUAUUAAAUAAAAUAUUAAUGGAAGUGUUGCUGUUACUCAGUAUAAAUGACACCUGUUCACAUAUUGAACUUUGGACAUUAUUGAGUUAUUGAGUUAUUUUAGAGUUUUGUAAAGAAAUUAUUCAUGUCAUAUGCUCAUAAAUUGGACAUAUCUGAUCUGGGGUCACAUAUGAAAGUCUAUUUUCAGGCUGCUAGACUCUCAAAUAUGAUUUUUGGCAUUCCUAGAUUGUAUACAGGUAGCUUUUUAAUAGUCUGGACUGGCAGACACCACAUUUGGAAGUGGUUUGAAAUGUAUUUACAAUCUGAUUUGAGUUACCACAUACUUAUAAUGUGAAUAAGGCCAGAGCUUUUAUGUGUGAAGGCCCAUAAUGCUGAUUUAAUAGUUGUUGGAAAUAUGUGAAUUUCCUACAAAUAUUAAAUCCGAUUUGCUCAAUCCUGGUGAUGGAGAUCGACCAGUCUGGAGCCUCAGAAAGAUUUACGCAGGGCAACUGGGGGUUUGGUGUGAAAUGUUUCAUUGUACAGAAAUGCACUUACCUCUACUGUUCUCAGGUGGUGAUCAGAAGCCAGGAGUUAUGAUGUCUACAAUACAAACGUUCAUCUUAUGUGGCCACGCCCACUUUCAAAAAGUUAGUUUAUUUCGCCUUUGUGUUGGAAUUUCUAGUCAUGUUAUGAUCAUCAGAUCCUGUCAGGUUUAUGGUUUUAUCAUAUUUAAAGUGAAUGUAGUCUAAAGCAGCUACUGCUGUGGACACUGAUCAUGAAGUAUAUAACAACAAUGUACAGUAUGUAUAACAAACACAACAAACAAAUGUGAGUGUUUGAGACUUUUUUGUUAUUUUGUGGAGGUAAACCAGAUCACCAGAAACUCCAAAUCCAGAGAAAUGGUUCAACUCAGUUUCGCUCCAGCGAAAUUGACGUGAUUGGUGCUAGUGAGGCUCCUGUAGCAGAUGUUAGCCUACAAGCUAAUCUACGAGCCCCAUCAAUGCUUCACUGAAGCUUCAGAAUCAAGCAAUUUCUCUGGGUUAAGAGGUUCUGUGUGGGUUUUCCCUCCACAGAAUGGUAAGAUCAGACACGUGGACGUUUGGCUAGAUGUUUUAAAUUUAGUUCCUUCAACCACAGACGCAGCUCCCCUUCUUUGGAAGGUGAAGGAUAUAAAUCCUUGGAGCUUCUCAACACUCCCUUGUAUUGGUAACUCGACUGUCCGAGCUUAAUUUAUUACUUUGUCCAGUUAUUGGGACUCCCUUUACACAUAUUUUUUAUAUAUAUAUUAUCACUGUAGUUAUAACCUAUACUAUUUAUAAUUUUGGAUUUAAGCCAAAAUGCUCUCUCAAAAUGAUCUCAGGGAUCAGAUGAAUGUAUUCAUAACCAUUUAUUAUAAUUAUUGUUUUGUGAUGACUCUUUUAUGGGCAUUAAAAUCUUUAGUGAUCUCCUUCCAAUCACCACCUCUGUGAACUUUACUAAACAAGUUUCUUACCGUGGAGCAUUUCACACCAAUCCAUAUUGAAUCACCUUUAUUUUACCACUUUUUUUCAGUUGGGAAAAAAAAUAUUUGAUACACUGGCGAUUUUGCAAAUUUUCCUACCUACAAAGAAAGGAGAGAUCUUUAUUUUUAUCGUAGGUACACUUCAACUGUGAGAGUCAGAAUCUAAAAACAAAAUCCAGAAAAUUACAUUUUAACUGAUUAAUUAGCAUUUUAUUGUGUGAAAUAUGUAUUAGAUUAAAUAGAAAAUAUGAACUUAAUAUUUUGUAAUGAAAUCUCCAUUUGCAGUUUUUCUACAUUACAGAGUUGUAUAUAUGUUUCCUAUGGUUCUCGACUAAGUUUGCACACACUGCAGCAGGCAGUUUGACACAUUCCCCCAUACAGUGCUUCUGCAGAUCUUUCAGGUUUCGGGCUGUCGCUGGGCAACUUUGAGUUUCAGCUCCUCCUUUUAGCACAUCCAAAGACUUUUUAUUGGGUUCAGGUCUAAAGACUGAAUCUUGAAAUGCAUCUUAUGGAGCCACUUUUUUAGUUGCACUGGCUGUGUGUUUGGGGUCAUUGUCAUGCUGGAAGACCCAGCCACAACCUAUCUUUAAUGCUCUUAAUGAUUAAAAAAAGGAGGUUGCUGACCAAAAUCUUGCGAUACAUGACCCCAUCAAUCCUCCCUUCAAUAUGGUGUAGUUGCACACCAUACAACACAGCAGGCAGAUGAAGUUAAUACCAAGAAGCUUUUUUUUUUCUUUUUUGGUCUCAUCUGAUCACAUGACCUACUCCCAUGCCUCCUCAGGAUCAUCCAGAUGGUCAUUGGCGAACUUUAACCGGGCCGAGACAUUGUGAGCCCUACAAAAUUUUAAUGACGACAUAGUGUGUUACAAAUAGUAAUCUUUGAGACCGUGAUCCCAGCUCUCUUCAGGUCAUUAACCAGGUCCUCCCACAUAUUUCUGGGCUGAUUCUUGACCAUUCUCAGAAUUAUUCUUACCCCAUGAGGAGAGAUCUUGAGCAAGAUUGACAGUCAGCUUGUAUUUCUUCCAUUUUCUAAUAAUUGCGACAAUAUUUGUUUUAUAUUUGGCUUCUCACCAAGCUGCUUGCCUAUUGACCUCUAUGUAGCCCAUCCCAGCCUUGUGCAGAUCUACAGUUUUGUCCCUGUGUGUUCUUGGGCAUCUCUUUGGUCUUGGCUAUGGUAGAGAUGUGUAUUUUAUUUAGGUAAGGAGUUCAAAUAGAUGGAAUUAAUACAGGUUAUAAGUGCAAAAUAGAAUAAAAAGCUUCUUAAAGAAAAAACUAACAAGUCUAUAAGAGCCAGAACUUGCUGGUUGGUGAUCAAAUUCGUAUUUCAUUAUUUCAUGCAGUAAAAUUCAAAUUAUUAUUUUUUUAAAUCAUACGAAGUGAUUUUCUUGAUUUUUAGAUUGUGUCUCUCACAGUUGAAGUGUACCUACAAUAAAAAAAUUACAGAUCUUUUCAUUCUUUGUAGGUGGGAAAACUUGCGAAAUCCACAGUGUUUCAUAUAAUUACAUUCCCCACUGUAUAUACCUUGUUCCUUCAAGUGCACUUUUUACAGUAGUUCCAAUAUGUCGCUUCCCUAUUACCAUCCACUGAAUGCUUGCAGGAAGGUGAAUGUGCUUCUUCUAUCGCAUUGUGAUCAAAAGAAUUCUUUCUGUCACCUUAAUUUUUUUUUUUGUUUUUAUUAUUAUAACCAUCAUGAAUAGUACUGUACACGUUCUGCUUGUGUUGUAGUUUUCUGAGGCUGGUGCAUAUUACAGUGGUUUACAGUAGCUCUAAAACAAUUAAAUAAAAUAAAAAAAUAUAUAAUACAACACUGUAAUUUAUCUCUGUUUGACUUUUUUAUCUUUUUUAAAUUUUUAUAAGAUGCUGUUAAUGCUGAAUGUUUUCAAGCACCUUAAAUCCUCUGAUUACUCAGAGUAGGAGCCAGUAUACGUCAAGCCAGUAUAUCAUCAAGUCCACUGUUGAACUAUCAGGAAUUUUGAUGGCUUGAUAUGCAGCUCCCCACUGUAACUGGCUGUAUCAUACUGGUUCUGUGAGAAGGUAUAUGACCUGGAAUUAAAAUUCUGUGAAAUCUAGAAAUGAGGCUAGCUUUUAGCUUCAAUAGAAUGUAAAAAAACCCUUUGAAUUCAGGUCUUUUUUAUUUUAGUUUUGAAUAAGACUAUCAUCAUACGACAUUUAUUAUAACACUAUCAAGCUAUUUGGGAAGUGGUAGUUUUUUUAUGCUAUGCUAAAUGUAUCGAACUACUUUCUAGAUGGAUCUAAGGAGUUUUUUUGAGGUAUGUGAUGUUUUAUAUGCUAAACUAAAGCUUAGAACUUGAUGAGACCAGUGUUUCUGAUGUCAAGCUCAACUGACUGCACUGUGCUUUCAAUGUUCUCAAUUGAAAUGUAAUUCCUUUUUGUUGUUUUUUUUAUUUUUCAAUUUAUAUACAUUUAUAUCAACAUAGUAUUCAAAUAAAGUAUUUAAAUAUAAUCAA